UGCACUCAUGUUUCAUUGAGUGUAGGACCGUCUGUAUAUGGACAAGUACUGCAUGCAUACAGCCGGAUGCAUGCGGACGCUCCCGCCCCUCUGCUAUGCUGCGCUCACUCACGGAUCGCAAGCUUGGUCAGAUCCGAACUCGAUCCGAAAGUGGAGUCAGGAGAGCAAAGUUGGCAAGAGAGCCGACCAUUACAAGCACACCUAGCUAUCCGAUCGCACCGAUAGUUCCCCAGCUGACCCAUCACGGCCUGCCUGCACCGAAGUAUCCCCCCUGUGUGAGGACUGAUGGGUCGGUGGUGAAGCCCAGCCCACCGCCAGGCCCACCCACCCCCCUGCUGCUGCCACUGAACGCACUGCUGGCCUGGCUGAGGACGUUGGCGUGCUCUUUGGUGGCCACUGUCAUGCGCCACACGGCCGAGAGGGCCUCCGACUGCUUGGCCACCAGCUCCAGAAACGACGUCAGAGACGAGUACGAUUCAUCUGAUGGAAGGCGAGAGAAGGGGAGAGAGGGAGAUUGGAGGGGCGAGCGGCGGUUUCGUUGGUCGCUCACCUUCGUUCCUCUUGAGUUUUGUGCCCUGUUCGUUCUUCUGGCCCGUGAGCACCUGGACGCUCUUCCGCAGCACCAUGACGUGGUUCUGUCCAUCAGGAAACGAAACACAGAAACGAAUGCGUUGCGUGUAGUGUAGUGUGUCGUGUGGUGUGGUCGGUGGUGGCUUGAUCCUUACCGCUAUGUCGGCCGGUUGCUGGACCUUGGUCUCGAGUUUGGCGUAGUCGUCAGCCAGCGAUUGCUGCAGGCAUACAAGACACACACAUUUCGGCUGCCGAUGGAUGGAUGGCUUCAUCGUCGCUUACUUACCUCAGCUUGCCGGUUGUGCAACACGUUGCCCUGCGAUUCGGCGAAGGCUGCACGCAACACUCAUACAAAGCAGCAUCAGACGCGCACUGAGAUGGGGCAAGUCCCUCCAGACGGAUGGAUGGAUGGAUUGAUGGAUGGAUGGAUGGAUGGCUGCGCCGCCCUGACCUUCUAGCUGUGUGUGGACUUUGGUGAGGAGGUUGGAGAUGGCCAUGUGCCGCUGGCGAUUCUCCUCCAGCUGACGCAGAGCGGUACAGAUACACAGGAACACAACACAACACAACACAGCACAGCACAGCACACGUGCAUGUCUUGGCCCGUGGAUGUGUGUGCACCUUUGACUGACUGACUGACUGACCGACUGACCAGUCUGAGUGUCUUUGUGGUGAACCCCAGCUCCAAGUCCUGCAGACGCUUCUUCUGCUUCUGCAUCCACACACGCAAUACCACCGAGAUGCGUACAUGUCCAUGUGUGUCCCUCCCUGGCUGCCAUGGGCUGGCUGCUCGCUCACCGCUUCCUCUUGCAGCACCUGCUCCGUCAUGGACUUGGCUUGGUUGAACUGACAAGACACGCACGGGUCGACACACACAAAGCAAUGCAACCACAUAUAGCGCCCUUCCCUCGCCUCUCUGCCUGCCCAUUACUGCCUGAAUCUGACUCGUUCGUUACCCGCUGCUCGAGCUGUUCGAACCCAUAGAUGACGUCGGGGUGAAUCCUGCACACACGCACACGAACGCGGGCGUCAUGAUGCAUGUGUUGCCGGUGUGUCAUCGUGGCUCACUCGUUUGGGUUUGGGUUUCCCUGCACGGCUCUUGACCACUUGUCGGGCGCCAGCUGAAUGGCGUCCGGCAGGCCCUGCAGCUUCUGCUGCAGCACCUGCUUGUUGGUCUGGUAUGUGUAGCUGUAGGCGAGGAACCGGGGGUUGGGACGCUCAAGGGCGGUCUUCCUGGUCUCUAUCUCCCUCAUGUACUGCUGCUGCGCCUCGUUCUGCUGGCUGGUCAUGCCCAGCUGCCAUGGCUGCUGCUGACCCAUGACUCCCAUCUGCAUCUGGCCUCCAAAGAGGGAUGGAGCCUGCUGCUGCUGCUGCUGCUGCUGCUGUUGUUGCUGGAAACCGCCAAACAUCGCGCGAGUAAGUG